GCCCCCCUUGGCAACUUAACCCAUAGCCCCGCAACGUCCCGCUGUCCGCGGGCGGCCAGGCACCGGAAACUGAAGCCCUUGGCUACAGCCUGAGACCGGAAACGGAAGCGGAAGCGCCGGGGGGGGGGGUGCCGAGGAGGGAGUCGCGGGGUGGCUCACUGCCUCCAGUGUGAAGUUUUCUCCGCGGCGGGCUGGGUUCACGUGACAAGUUAUCUCUGGAGUUCAAGUGUGAGUUGAAACCAGCCUCAAGUUUCACCUGUCCUCACUGACCCGUGGAUUUCUGUGACCAGGUGACUUUGGAAGAACUACCAAUAUAUCCUGGUAUUUCUUUUUGCCAUUGAGGAAAUCAAUAAGGACUCCCAUCUGCUCCCCAAUCUGUCCUUGGGUUUCAACCUCUACAAUGCCUUUCCCAGUGACCAAAGGACCUUGGAAAGUGCCCUGUUUUGGCUCUCUGGAGGAAAUCAGACUCUCCCUAACUACAGCUGCCAGGGACAGAGAAAAUCUGUGGCCAUUGUUACAGGAACCGCGCUGGCAUUUUCAGCCGAGAUUGGAACAGUUCUGGAGCUCUACAGAAGCCCACAGGUAAAUGCCCUCCAGAAGCAGGGCCUGCAUUGAUCACCUGAUGGCAUCUGGAGGUAUUAUACUGAGAUAUAACAUCAUGACCAUGCUUUUGUCUCAAGAUCAACAGAAUCAAACAAAAUGGAUGGAGCUAGUUAUAGGCAUGUCUGCAGUCGUUACAGCUAUUUGCAGAUUUCUGCCAUUGGGAGCUUCAAAUACAAAUUAUUUAAUUAGAAAGUGUAUCAGGGAACUUCCCUGGCGGUCCAGUGGUUAAGACUCUGGCCUCCCAAUGCUGGGGGCACGGGUUCAAUCCCUGGUCAGGGAACUAAGCCCCACAUGCCUCACGGCAUGGUCAAAAAAGAAAACAAAAAUAAUAAUAAUAACAACAAUAGAGGCUGCCUCUAUCUGGUGCUAGUCCAUAAAAUAAAAUAAAUUAAAAAAAAGAAAUUGUAUCAAAAAUGUAGUUUCUAAUGUAGGAUGAAAUACUGUAAAAUAUCCAGAGACAACUCAUGAUGAAACAGAGGGCUAUCAAAAUUGGCCAAAUCGGGACUUCCCUGGUGGUCCAGUGGUUAAGACUUUGCCUUCCAAUGCAGGGGGUGCAGGUUCGACCCCUCGUCGGGGAGCUAAGAUCCCACGUACCUUUGGACCAACAAAACAAAACAUAAGAUAGAAGCAAUAUUGUAACAAAUUCAAUAAAGACUUUAAAAAUGGUCCACAUCCGCAGUGGUUAAGAAUCCGCCUGCUAGUGCAGAGGACACAACCGGUCCUACAUGGGCAAUUUACGCUGUAAAUGUCGUACCUGGUGCCGCCGCUGCCAGCCCCGCCGUGGGGCCCCAGUGGGCUGUCACCCGCUGGUUUUGCCCUCCUGGGAGGCUGCCACAUCUGACCGGAACCACCCUGCUGCUCCAACACCUGCCUUCUGCCCUAGUCGCAGGCUGUCCCACCGGGAUCGAGUGCCUUUAUUGCCUGGCUUUCACAUCGCGCUAAAAACGCAGUAUCCCAUCCAGCAGGCCAGGUACUCCCGGCUGGGGAUGCUUCCUUUGGUGAGCUGGAGGGACUCACCAAAGAAGCCCGUGCUGUCUGCUCAUAAUUCGAUCAUGGUCGGCCACUUGAGAGCCAUCAAGAGUCCUCCACUGGGGCACAAAUUUACCCUCCUGCAUUCACCAGCUGAGCAGGUAGUCAAGGUUAGGAAGCCGAUACCAUCCAGUCACCUCCCACUUCCUUCCCCAAAGGAGAGGGAGGUGAAGGUCCCAUCCCAUGCCAUGGUGUUCUCUGCCCCAACCGCAUGCUGCUCCCUGCUGCUGGAGAGGCCAACAAAAGAAGUGCUGGGUGAAGACCACCAGCCCAUAUCACCAGGCUCACUGAUGUCUGGGAAGGAGCUGCAGCGUGAAAAGUCUUCACACAUCCCAUCAAGAAGUUCCUCUUCCCUGCUAUCUACCAGCAGUAGGCCUUGCAAGCAGAAGAUUCCCCUGCCGCUUUUUCUGCCGCUGCCAGGGCUGAGGUCGCCCCCAUUGGGGAUUGAGGCACUGACAUGGGAUCGAGGUGAGCUGCCCCCUCCUCCUAAGCUUCCGUGCUUGGCUCUUGCCAACAACCCAGGCACCUUGGAGAAGAACACUGAGUGGCAGCGGAACAAGAUCCUGAAGAAUAUAAGGAAGGUCCAGCCACCGUCCCAAGAAAAGGAACCCCCAACACCCAUUUGUGUAGAUUCUACCACUCCUUUAUACUUACCUACCCCUCUUCCAAUCCCUACCAUCAAUCCCUCUAUUUUAACUGGGCAGCCCAUGACUUCUAUGGCAAUCCCUUCCACCAGCAUGGUCACGGCAUCUGGAAGUUUGACUUGCAGCCUACUGUACAUCCUGAUGUCUACAUGGACACUACUGCCCCUUCCCAAGCUGUCAUUUUUAGGUCUCCCCCAGGUUUCAGGGUGGAGCAGAGGCACCCUGCAGGGGUACCAGUGUCCAUCACCCCACCUGUGCCGAUGGCCCCUGCACCACCCCAAUUUUUAACCAUCCCUUUGGCCCCCAAACCAACCCUCAGCCCAUAUUUGGGACCUCUGAUGGGCAGCAGAGGGCCUCUCUCCCUGGUGCUCCUGUUUUCUCCAGCCGCCCAUUUAUGGCUUCAGCUCCUGUUUUCUCCAACCCCCCAUUUAUGGCUUCAGGUCCUGUUUUCCCCAGACCCCCAUUUACAGCUUGGGCUCCUGUUUUCCCCAGACCCGCAUUUACGGCUUCAGCCAUCAUCAGUGCUUCAGCAGGCAGCACCUCUGACACCGAACCUAUGGACACCACACCUCCUUCCCAGGCUGUCAUUUUCCAGUCUGCCCCUGUCUCCAGGCAGAGCCAAUAGCCAUUUCACAGGGCUGUUCCUAGUUCUGGGAACACACCAACCAGUGGUAGCAAUGCCUCAGCCCAUGCCUCGACUCAUUUACCUGCAACACCAGCCAACAGAUAGACCAACACUUCAAGCUUGCUUGGACCCAGGUCUCCCGUCUCAGGCCACAUUGGGGGCCAAUGAUGGGCAGAGGCCUAACGAUUAUUUUCUAUUGGGGAACCCUGCAGCCUCAGUGCAAGAUAAAGUCCUAGUCGCUCCUGAAGCCUAGCCACCGCGAAUCAGCAUCAUGCAGUCAGCUUUGCCAGCUUCCCUAUUCGCCACUACCAGCAACACGCAGCUGGCCUUUGGCGACAACCCAGGCAUUCUCCCUAGGGCUGUGUCCAUUGCUACUGGCUUUGGACUUGCCACCAGGAUGCCCAGUACUGCGGACAGUAGCUCGCUCUUUGCCAAUACCACACCGGGCCCACUGUUCAUGGGACCUGAAGACCCUUCGGCCGGUGGGAGCCUUGGAGUUGGUGUGUCAGCCCCAGGCCUCACUCAUUCAGAGGCAUCCAGACCACUUAACUUUGGGGCAGGACUAAGUGGGGCACCCAGCACCGCUUCUGUUCCUACUUCGGGCCAGACAACCUGCCAUCUACCUGACCACGGCAAGGCUGCUGCAGUAGGAGGGGCAGGCACCAUCUCAGCAUUUGGGAACAUACCUGAUUCCACCUUAAAUCCAAAUACCUGGGGCCUACCUGGGUGGAAUACAGGUGGUAUGGUGAUGGCAGGGGACAACACCAUCCCCACGAUGGGAGGCCCUAGUGUUUCUACUUGCCGUCACUGCACACAGGGCCCAUCUGGACGUAGAAAAUCUACGUUUAAAAGUUCCAUCACCAAGGAGAAGAAAUCUGUGUCAAGGGACAUGUCAGUUUCCACCUUCCAACAAAGCACACCACAUCUAUUGGAGUUGCAAGUGUGGUUACCACCCGUGGGUUUCAGCACACUUCUAGUUCUACCUUAUUUCCUAACACAAGGGGCCCACCUGCCCACAAUCCAGGUGAUGGCCAUGUAGGAGGGAACAACAUCAUGCCCAUGACUGGAGGACCUGGUAUUCCCGCUUACAACUGGGACCCACCUGGCCAAUACACAGGUGGUGUGGAUGGAGAGCACAACAUCUCACCGGUGCUAGGAGGCCCUGUGUCAAUAACUGCCAUCAGACUUGGAACCCAUCUGUGCAGAGAACAGGGGGGGCCAUGGGGGACAGCACCACACCUGCUGUGACUGGAUACACUUCUGGUGCCACAUUCAUACAAAGCACCUGGGGAUACCCCUGGUCAAAACCCAGGUGGUGCCAUGGGGGAUAGCACCAUCCAUGUUUAGAGAGGAGCCUCUACUCUCAGGAAGAACACUGGGGUCCCCAAGUCAGGGCACCCCUCUGACUUAGAUGAGCCAGCAUUGUGUUUGGAGGCUCCUGGUCAGGGCAGCUGUGCCUGUGCUCAUAGGAGUCUGGCAGCCUUAUAACCUGCCCAGGGCUUCAUAGGAGCCAUCAGCUAAUUCCUUUCUUCUAUGAAGAAACUCAACAAAUGAAGAGCAGAUCUUAUUCUGCAAACUGUGUGUAACCAUGAAUGGACUUUGCCUCACUGGAAAGUGGCUCAGCCCCUUUAAGUGAAACUUAACCUCCUCUCUUCCUACAGCAAGCCGGAGGACCACACCUCAGGGGUGUGCAAGAUUGUGUGUGUGUGUGUGUGUGUGUGUGUUGGAGGGUGAGGAGCAUAUGAGCCCACUGCAGAACUACACCAGACUUGAGAAGUUCCAGUUAGGAGAGUGGAAGAGAGCUGGCUGUAUCAUCCACUGUGCCAUCCCUGGGUUGACUGUUAACUUGGCGGACCCAAGAUCCUGGCCAGUUUUCCCUAGACUUGGAACUGGCAGGAUGCCCACUGCUGUUUUCAGAUGCUUCCUCUCCCCCUAUGCAUUUGCCUCAAUGGGCCCUUCUCUUUCCCAGCUUUAUGUACUAUAUAUAUGUCAAUAAAACCUUGUUCAUAUUAAUC